AUGCUCAACGCUGUGAGCCCCACUGCACCUACUCGGGAAACGGCGACAACGGAGGUGCCCCCUGCUCCUGUCCUGGACCCUGCUGCCGUGGUAGAACCUGCUCCUAUCAUAGACCCUCCUCCUGUCGUGAACCCUGCUGCCGUAAUAGAACCUGCUCCUGUUAUAGAACCUGCUCCGGUCAUGGACCCUACUCCUGACGUCGCCCCUGACCCAGUCAACCCAGCCAGUGGCCCUGAGGAAGCUGCCCCAGCCGCUAGAGAAGCACAACAACAAUUGCCUGUACAACCUCCUCUAACCCAAAACCUUCUUUCUCCCCCUGAUUCCCCCACAGGGGCUGUGUCAUUAGACGGAGCUGUAACCCGCAGCGGCCGAGUGGAUGUCUCUAAGGGGGCGCGAUUAGAAUCCCAGGACACGAUUCCCCCGGGAAGCGCCCUCAACACUCUGCCAGUUUGUCACGAGUCAACCUCCCUGGAUGCACCUAGCGAGCGAGCCUUCAGCUUAGCGGCCGCUCGCACAGGCCUGAGUUGGCAGUUAGCCAUAUCUAAACUCGUGUACAAGGAGCAGCGUCACAUCUCUGACGCUGUUCCAUCAUAUCUCAGGAGAUCUGUGUCUUCCAUUUUCUAUGUCACAUUAUCGGAGAAACUCAAGUAUAAUUAA